AUGGCGCAUUCCGGCCAGCUGCCUGGUAUUGGUGCAGUGCCGGAGGUGCUCACCGGCCCGGAACCAUGGGCACUCCGCGCCACCAGCCGAGCACGUACUCUUCACCGGUGUCGCCCAUAUCCGAAUACCACGAAUCUCGACCCCAGACCGGUCAUGGCGCAAACCACCACCACCACCACCCACUUCCCCAAGGCCGACCACGUAAUGAAUCCGCCGGAACGUGUUGAAACACAUGUGCUUCAAUGCCUGCACCACAACAUUGAUGCGCCACGAGCCAGUCCGCCGCAACAUUCCAACGUCUUAUCUCAUCGCCCACCGACACCUACCAAGCCCCAUCUACGCCGCAUGACCGCCGGCGGCGCGGGGCUUGGCGUGCCGUGGCUUGGUGGUUCUCCCGAUUGUGGCGUCAUGGGCUCGCUGAUGGAUGUAGCGGAAAAUCGCUGGGUUGGCAGAGGAUACUGGAUCUCCGUGCCUCGGUGGUUGGUGGCACUACAACGCCGAGUGAUGGUUCAUGCCGCGCAUAGCUAG